AUGCCGGCCGGCGGGGCUGGAACAUAUCAGAUUGGAACCUUUGCGGUAGUGGCCAGGCCUUCGUGGUCGGAGAGGGUCCUGGUCCGGGCGGGGGUCUUGCAAGGCGGGGCGGCAAAUGCUGGGCCCCAAGGGGUAGGCGCGGUGGGUCUGCAAGGUGGAACGCCGCCAAGUUCAUCCGUGGAUCUGAAGGCCUUGGAAGGUGCUGCUCGGCAGUUGCAGGCCCUUUCGCUCCGGGAGCCGAGGGACAAGAAGGAUCGGAAAAAGGACAAGAAGGCUGCAAAGAAGAAGCAAAAGAAGGACAAGAAAAAGUCCAAGAAAAAGAAGAAGGACUCAUCCAGCAGGAAGAGCAAACAUGUGAAGUACGACGACCUUUCGCAUGUGGAUGGCCUGAAGUGGAAGAAGAAGGGCGACUUGGUGGCAUUCGCGGCGAAACAUCCUGGGGCAUUGACGGCUCACUUCCUGGCGGGAGUGUACGCUCGGUUGUCCAAGGGGACGAUGACGAGGACAUCGCAACUCCGCGAGGCGUCGGUGGCAGCUUGGGCGCAUCAGUUCACCGGUUUGAGCGAGAUCCGGGAUUUGAAGGAGGUUCUCACGCUGGCGGAAAUCCUGGAUUCGGUGAACCGCAGGGAGAUCGAAAGGGCGAUGGACAUACUUUGCCAACGCAUCUUGGCGAUCCAAGUGGCGAAGAUGAAGGGCGGCAGCUGGGAGAAGGCCGAAGCCAUAGAGCUGGUGAACACACAGAAGUCCCUAGCCAGCAGCUCGAUGCUGGCCUUGACCAAUGCCUAA